AUGCAAAAAGAAGAGGAGAGCGGGGGGCAGCAGCUGCUGGUGUCAGAGGAGGAGAUGCGGCGAGCGGCAGACCUCAUCGCACGUGCCAAACGUUUAGUGGUGUUCUCGGGCGCUGGCAUCUCUGCAGAAAGCGGUAUUGCUACGUUUCGUGAUCCAGAGAUGGGGCUGUGGACCUCCAAGAUCGGUCUCGCUUGGUUCGGCACGCCGGUCGGGUGGCGCUGGACGCCCGGCCUCGCCUGGCGCAUGUACCUCUCCCGGUUCCGCGACCCCAUCGCCCGCGCACGGCCCAACCCCGGCCAUUAUGCCAUCGCCCGGCUGGAGCAGCUCAUCGACCAGGGCCAGGCCCUUGGCAAAGACGUUCCGCGCCACUUUGACAUUCUCACGCAAAACGUGGACGGGCUGCACCAGCGCGCGGGGAACAAGGAGACGAGCGUGGCCGAGCUGCACGGCACCGUCAACCGACACAUCUGCAGCAAGCACCGCCACCCGCACCCCUACGUCAUCGACCCGUCCACCUUAGCUGAGGAUUAUGACCCGGAGAAGGACGAGUUCUUCACGCAUGACUCGAAGAAGGUGCCCCGGUGCCAGGUGGAAGGGUGCGGGAGCUAUCUCCGGCCGGACGCGGUUCUCUUCAUGGAGAGCCUCCCCAGCCACGCCUGGAACGCCGCCGACCACGCCGUCUCCAGCGGCGAUGUGAUGCUGGUGGUGGGCACCUCGGGCGUCGUCUACCCCGCGGCCUCGCUGCCGGAGGAGGCCCUGGAGAAGCGGGGCGUGCACGUCAUCGAAAUCAAUCCCGUGCCGAGCGCUAUCUCAUCUCGGGUGAGUAUGUUCUUGAAGGGUCCGUCGGGCCAGAUCCUCCCGCCGCUGGUGGACAUGGUGCGGGAGAGGUGGCAGCUUGAAGGCAGCGAUGGCAAGAAGAAUGAACGUGAAACCAGCAGCGAAAGCGAAAAAGACAACUACGAAGAAGCAGAAGAGUGA